GCGGGGGAAAGGGGCACCAACAUGGCGGCUCCGUAUUAACUUUCCCCCCCCGUUCGGCAGCCGCUGCCGCCGCCCGCCGCCCCCCUCGCCCGGCCUGCCGCCAUGCCGGGCAUGAUGGAGAAGGGAGCCGAGCUCCUGGGGAGCGGCAAGAGUAGGGCGGCCCCCAACGGCACGAAGAACGGCGGCAGCCCCGGUUCCAACGGGCAUUUUUCUGAGGCGGAAGGCGGCGGCGGCGGCGGCGACAGCAAUGACGAGCACGAUGUAGGAAUGAGGGUCGGAGCAGACUAUCAAGCUCGCAUCCCUGACUUUGAUCCUGGAGCUACAAAAUAUACAGAUAAGGACAAUGGAGGGAUGCUUGUGUGGUCUCCAUAUCAUAGUAUUCCAGAUGCCAAGUUGGAUGAAUAUAUUGCAAUAGCAAAGGAAAAACAUGGCUACAACGUGGAACAGGCACUUGGCAUGUUGUUCUGGCAUAAACACAACAUUGAGAAGUCCCUUGCAGAUCUCCCGAAUUUUACUCCUUUUCCUGAUGAGUGGACAGUUGAAGACAAAGUCCUGUUUGAACAAGCUUUCAGUUUCCACGGGAAAAGCUUUCACAGAAUCCAACAAAUGCUUCCAGAUAAGACUAUUGCAAGCCUUGUAAAAUAUUACUACUCCUGGAAGAAAACACGUUCUAGGACAAGUUUAAUGGAUCGCCAGGCUAGGAAGCUAGCAAACAGAAAUAAUCAAGGUGACAGUGACGAUGAUGUGGAAGAAACUCACCCAAUGGAUGGGAAUGAUAGUGAUUAUGAUCCAAAAAAAGAAACUAAAAAAGAGGGAAAUAAUGAACAGCCUGUUCAGUCCAGCAAAAUAGGAUUGGGUAGAAGAGAAUAUCAGAGUUUACAGCAUCGUCACCACUCUCAGCGUUCCAAAUGCCGUCCUCCUAAAGGCAUGUACCUAACUCAAGAAGAUGUCGUAGCGGUUUCUUGUAGCCCCAAUGCAGCCAAUACACUUCUUAGGCAGCUGGACAUGGAGCUGAUCUCAUUGAAGCGACAGGUUCAGAAUGCUAAGCAAGUAAACAGUGCACUUAAGCAGAAAAUUGAAGGUGGGAUAGAAGAAUUCAAACCUCCUGAGUCCAAUCAAAAAAUUAAUGCCCGUUGGACAACAGAAGAACAACUUCUUGCAGUACAAGGUGUCCGCAAGUAUGGUAAAGAUUUUCAAGCUAUUGCUGAUGUAAUUGGCAACAAGACUGUUGGUCAAGUGAAGAACUUCUUUGUAAACUACAGGCGUCGGUUUAACUUAGAGGAGGUUUUGCAGGAGUGGGAAGCAGAACAAGGAACCCUGGCUUCUAAUGGUGAUGCUUCUGCUUUAGGGGAGGACACAAAAAAUACUAAUGUGCCAUCAGGAAAGAGCACUGAUGAAGAAGAUGAGGCCCAGAUCCCACAGACCCCUCAAUGCGUAGGGUCUUCUCCACCUGCCCCGGCAUCUACUCCAACACCAGCAACCCCUGUAACAACUCUGAACCAGCCUCCUCCGUUACUUCGUCCAACCCUGCCGGCUGCUCCAGCUCUCCAUCGUCAGCCUCCGCCACUUCAGCAGCAGGCUCGGUUUAUUCAGCCAAGGCCAACCUUGAACCAGCCCCCCCCGCCACUCAUCCGCCCAGCUAAUUCAAUGCCUCCUCGUCUAAACCCAAGACCAGCAUUAUCUUCCACUGGUGGCCCACAGCCACCGUCGCUCAUUGGAAUCCAGACAGAAUCACAGUCCCCUCUGCACUAAAGAAAUAGGGCAGAACUAUGGUAACUAAUGAACAAAAAUUGUAUCAGUGUCUAUUUUUCUCAGAUAGGGAAGGAAGGGAAGGGAGCCUUCCACAGUAUUGAAGCAGUCUUACGCAACAUAGUGAGCAGCAGAAAUAAUGUGAAUGGCCAUCUGUAUAAGUGAAACUUCAGCACAGUAGAUUGUUACAGUGAGGCAAUGUCUACGAAGUC